UACUAUUACUUGCCAUCUCUGGAACUUUUACAGUUGCUAUCCCACUUAGAAAGAGGGAUCAGCCAGAUGGUUGUGCUAAUAUUCAUCAAAGUUUUGUAUCAUCACGAAGUUCGAAUACAACUUUGACUAUUAAGUAUGAGGACGUUAAAAGUUGUUACAUGAGCUUUCCUUUUGAUCUUCAGCGGGCUACUGAAGUAGUGGAAUCACUUAAAGGAAUAUUUAAAACUUUCUAUGUAUUUUUUGAUCAGUCAAGAGAACCAGCAGAGCGGGGUUUUGACUUUAGAUCUGUGGAUAUAAAUGGAGAACUUGAUAAAUUGUUAAAAAAUGAUUACGCUACAGAUUUCGAAUUUAUGACUGAUGUAACUCAAAUUUUCAUUGAUCUUAAAGACGGUCAUACCGAUUUUAGAUCUGCUUGUUACAACGCAUUUUUCUUUCUUCAAGACAUCUGGCUUUAUUCAACUGUCGAUUGUCAUGGAUCACAGAUUAUUAAAGUACUCCAAGAUGAUUUAGAUUCCUCAAAUAAUAGGUGUGAGGUUACGAAAAUUGAUGGCAGUCCUGCUUUAGAAGUAAUUACCUCAUAUGCCAAAAACAAUAUCAGAAAUUCCCGUGAUCUUGGUGUAAGAUUUAACAUGGCAUUAGCAUCUCUCAAAUUUACUGAUGGUAUUUUCGGCUUAAAUAUGAACAUUAUUGCUUCAAGUCAAUUCACCAGACGUUUGACUUUACCGGAUUCUGAUAGUAUCACUUAUGAACUCAAAUGUAAUAAUAGCGAAACUAAAACAUUAAAAAGACCUUGGAGGAUAGCUAAUAAUGCUUAUAAUACUCUUGGUUUCACCGAUUCCAAAAGCUAUUUUGAAUCCAUCUGUCUUGUAAACAAAACCCAACAACCUAUUACUUCUAAUAUCAACCAACAAAAUUCGGAAUUGCCUAUAAAUUUAUCAACUAACAACACUCGUGUGGAAAUUCCUGGUGAUCAAUUCGACAACUUUGAUAAUUUUACUAUGUUUUAUAAAUUUAACAAAACUGGUGUCGUCGUUGUACCAACUUUCUUACCUCCUGCCUAUGCACUUGAUCAGAAUAAAUAUCAAUCUGAUCUUAUAGCUAAAUUUAAAAACUUUUCCCAAUCCGGUGUUGAAAAAGUUAAUUUUAGUAGUAAUGGAGGUGGUUUCAUACCUCUUGGUGAAUACUUUAACGAAAUUUUUAAACAACAAAAGAAUUUUACAUUCCCACGUGAUAUUAAGAUUAAUGAGGUCAUGUCAUUCCUUAUCGAUCAAGCCGAUAAACAAGGUCUUGGUUUUAAAACAUUAAGUUUUUCGCCUAGUGCAGAACAGUCAAUAUUUACUGGUCAACCUUUUAAAAACGCUGCUGAAUUUAUUGGUGAUAAUAAAUUCACAAGAGGUGGCGUAACUACUAAAUUUUCCAAUCUAUUUUUCGAUAUAUUAAACGAUUCCUCUUUAGCUGAUUGGAAAUCUCCAUGGACGAAUAAGGACAUUAUUGUGCUUACUGAUGGUGCUUGUGCAUCUACAUGCGCACAAACUGUUCAAUAUCUAUCUGAACAAGCUAAAAUUGCUACUGUCUCUGUCGGUGGUUUUCAUAAUACUAGUAUGUCUUACUCUUCAUUCCCUGGUGGAAAUGUUGUAACUGUAGAUGAUUUCUAUAGGCAGAUUAAUAACAUUACAAGUAACACUACCGACCCCAAACCUGAUAUACCAAAAAACUUUGCAACGGACAUUUCAAUGUUUAUCUUUAAAUUCACUUAUAGUGAAACUCAUGAUUUGGAAUUUCAUGAUAAGAUAAAUGAAUUCAUGUACAGACCUGCUACCCAUAGAUUAUUUUACGAUGAUGAAAGCAUUAUUAACCCUAGCAUUUUAUGGUUACAAGCUGCGAAAUUCAUUUCUUGA